CAGCAAUCCGUCGCUUCCCCGAAUCAAAUCGCUUACACGUGACAUUGAGUUUGUCUCGGUUCUGUUUACCAGGUCGAAGGAAGAGAAAGGUUCUGGCUCCGUCCUAUGAGCAGUCGAGUAUAGGACAUUCACGCAUCCAGCCACGAGUCGCCUCGCAUGAUCCGGACUCGGAUUCUUUCAUCCUCGAGUUUAUUGUUCUUGUGACCGACAAUGUCCCGGUAUUGUGUUCCCCGUGUUGGUACCCGGCGGAGACACGACAAGGUCGAAUCGGUUGGGGAGGCCGGUGCAAGGGGAGCGUGCGGGACAGAUGAAGCUGGGGGGAAUGGUUUCAGUUGGCAUUUGUCAUAUUGAGGCUUAUUCGCUUAUCAUGAUGCCUAUCUUUGACUAGUGGGGAUGGUGCGAGCGGCUGAGAUGUAGUUUGUGUCUUGGCUGAUAGCGCCAGCAGAAGUUUUCCGGCUUUUCAAAGGCAAUACUUCGAGGUUUUCCUACCAGCACAGCCAAGGAGCCUGUGAAUCCAUCCCGGGAAGUCCAAGAAUGGGAUGAUCGAGAACGUGGUCCACUAUAAGUGGUAAGAUUAAUUCAUCUGCCACCAUAAUCAGCGAAGGACGGGAGUUAUUCUAGUUUCCGGCCCGUGUCUUAUGGUGCGCGUUAAAUUCCCAGAGGGCGCAGUUAGACGGACGGAUCAAACCGCGCAUGGAUGUCCCGAGCGCAGAUACGCGGAUAACACAAAAGUGCGGACAAGAUCUCUCUGUAUGCCAUCCGAGAUGAUGUACAGUAUUCAUCCACAGUUCAGCAGAGGCCUGUCAAUCCCUAUCCCGGCGAAAUUGUUCUCAAUGGGUUAUGACAAUAGGAAGGGCAAUGAGCAAGGAAGGUGGAGUCACUGGAUAGUGCCGGGGGUGUUUCUCUUUCGGGGUGCUAUCUACAGUUGGAUGCUACUUAGUCCAAUGGUGUACGCGGGAAUCCCCUACAAGGCCGAUUCCAUUGAGUUCCACGACCCGCUCUUAAUCGCGCACCAACACCUCACGAAUAAGCAGAGUAGAGAAAAGGAGGGGCACUGGAAGGGAUCCAAAGAUGAUCGCCACCGAAUACACCGCAAUCGAAACCUCGACACGAAUCUAUCACACUUUUCCCGUCCCUUCGACACAUCAACUGCAAACACAGUUGCAUCCUCGGGGACACGAGUGUUUUCUGGGCGACCUAGGCAUCCUAUAUGAACCCUGCAUACAGGCAAGCAGCGCUUGCAUGACACUAACACCGUUGGUCCGAGGAUUCUAGCACGUGCUCCUAUCAUUUCUUAUAUAGUUCACCAAUGCCUGUUGAUAAAUUACUCAUAUCACGGGGAAGGGGUAUACCCG